UUAAUCAUGACUCGUUGUUCGUCGCUUGCAGGUGAAUUAAGGAAAUCCAAUAAUAACGAGUUGUCUUCCUCUGCUCACAGUGAUUUCGCGCUAGAAUGAUGCUCAAAAAAUGAAACCAGAAUGAUCUUCGUCGAAUCGAUCAUAUCAAAAUCCCGAUUGUAUGAUACCCAUGUGAUGAAAUUCGGAUCGGAGGAACAUUAGUGUGUAAAUCAUUCGAUUUGUGAACUUGAGUUUUCCGGCAUUGCGAAGUAGAAAAAAAGCCCUAGAAUUCGGGGGAAGUCUGGUAUGGAUGCCAAGGAUAUCUUGGGGUUGCCCAAAAACACGCUGCCUUUGUCCCAAGAGAAGAAGCCUAGGGCUCAGAAAGAUGCCCAGAGAAAGCGAGAUGGAAUUUCUCGGGAGGUUUAUGCGCUUACUGGUGGUCUUGCGCCUAUUAUGCCGGCGAUCGAUACAUCCGAGCUGAAGAAGCGACCUCCAUCAGAUGAGAAGAUUACAUGGCAAUGGCUUCCUUUUUCAAACUCUGCUAGAAAGGAUAAUUUGCAGCUUUACCACUGGGUUCGAGUUGUAAAUGGCAUUCCACCAACAGGUGACUAUUCCUUUGCAAAGUACAACAAGUCUGUUGAAGUUGUCAAAUACACAGAUGAGGAGUACGAGAAGUUUUUAAAAGACCCUUCAUGGACAAAGGAGGAGACAGAUCAAUUAUUCGACUUGUGCGAAAGGUUCGAUCUUCGCUUUGUUGUGAUAGCUGACAGGUUUCCAUCAACAAGAACAGUGGAGGAACUGAAGGAGCGAUAUUAUCAUGCAUCAAAAGCAAUUUUGGGUGCUAGAGGACCAACAUCUCGGGAGGGUUCGGGGAAUACUCCUGCCAAGGAUCCUUUCAAUGUCUCACAAGAGAUCGAGCGCAAACGGGCAUUGUCCAUGGUUCUCUCUCAAACAAAACAGAAAGAACGAAAAGAUGCAGAGGUUCUUGCUGAAGCAAAAAAGAUAAUCGAAUCACGCAAAGCUGAAAGAGUGGCUGAAGAAUCUAAGUUGGCUGUCACUUCAAAUGCUGUCCCAGAAGUUACUGAAAGGGCCGUUGUUCCUGGAGAGUCGGUACCAUCUGUAUCCAAUGUGCAGCCUCCACCUCCAGCAGCUGUACCUUCAACUGUAGUAGCAGAUAAUGCUUCUACUCUAGCUUCUCUUCGCAUGCUUCCUGUAUACUUGAGAACAUAUGCACUUGAGCAAAUGGUACAUGCUGCAAGCUCAUCUGCCGGCCUUAGGACUAUCAAACGGGUCGAACAGACCCUACAAGAUCUUUCGGUUAAUCUAAAACCCAGGGUUCCAACAAAAGCCGUGUGUGCAGAGCAUCUUGAAUUAAGAAAAGAAAUAUUGACACUGCUGAAUCUUCAAAAGCAGUUGCAAAAUAAGGAGGCAGAAGGUUCUUCUUUCCGUGAGAGUCCAUACAGCGAGGCACCUGGCACACCCAAGGAUCGCGCUUUUAUUGCUGAUUCUAUGAGUUUUGGAGGGGAAAGGUUUGUUAAACGGGAUCAAAAACGAAAGGCCACUGGAAGAUUAUCUGAAGCUCCAUCAUCACCUGCUCAAUCUAAUAAAAGGCCAAGAAAACAGAAGGGAUCCGAUCUGUGAUCCUCUAGUGGUAUGCAUCUAAAAGGCUAAUGCUGGAGCAGGCAGCUUUCCAUGAUGCCCUUUUGGAGCAUCAGUUUCUGAUUGAUUAAGGAUGUUGUGAUGAACGUUCAUACUGGUUAAGAGACUCAAUUUUCAUGGUCGUCUGUGCAAUCGGGUUAAUAACUGUCUGUUUAGUUCAUUUAUCUUCAUCACGAAGGCAAAGCUCUGGUUUUCUUACAUCUACUAGCUAGUUUGGUCUUUCUUUUGUUGGCAGAGUUAGCAGGAUAGUUCUUAUAUGAUGGUGUGUUACAUGUAAAUCUAGCCAGAAACGAGGAAGAUUAACUCUUUUUUAUACACUUUCAUUUUGUGUAUUAGUUUUUGUUCUUCAACCUAAAAGAAUCAUGAUGUAAUUUUCUUUUCUAUCGUUGACAAGUAACGUAAUAUCAAAUGGGUCUAGUUUCUAUAA